UAUUGAGCCCUCUACGACGAAAAGCUUGCAGUCAUCGUUGCUCAGCGAAAUUUGUUCAUUAACUCAAAACUCCGCAGGAUAAAAUGUCACGAAGGUAUGAUUCGAAGACCACCAUCUUUUCGCCCGAAGGGCGUCUAUACCAGGUGGAGUAUGCCAUGGAAGCCAUAGGCCAUGCAGGUACCUCACUGGGUAUCUUGGCUUCAGAUGGAGUACUUCUGGCUGCAGAGAGGAGGAACACUCACAAGCUUCUAGAUGAUGUCGUAUUCUCAGAUAAAAUCUACAAACUUAAUAGUGACAUGGCAUGUAGUGUCUCAGGAAUCACAUCAGAUGCUAACGUCCUGACCAGUGAACUCAGGCUCGCCGGUCAAAGAUAUUUCCUCCAGUAUCAGGAGAACAUUCCCAAUGAACAGCUAGUCAGCACGUUAUGUGACAUCAAGCAGUUCUACACACAAGCAGGAGGAAAGAGACCCUUUGGUGUAUCUAUUCUCUACAUGGGAUGGGACAAACACUACGGAUUCCAGCUUUAUCAGAGUGAUCCCAGUGGAAACUACGGAGGAUGGAAAGCCACAUGUAUCGGGAACAACAGUGCAGCUGCUAUCUCGAUGUUGAAGCAAGAAUACAAGGAAGGAGACACAGACCUCAAGGGUGCCUUAGCUCUGGCCGUGAAGGUGCUCAGCAAGACACUAGAUAUGACCAAGGUUACCCCAGAGAAAAUUGAGAUUGCUUCUCUGACAAGAGAAGACGGUAAGACGAAGAUCCGCAUCCUACCUGUAGAGGAACUCCAAAAGCUUAUCAAGGAGCACGAGGAAAGAGAGGCCAAGGAAGAGGCAGCAAAGAAGAAAGAAAAGGAGAAAUAAUGUGUGGCUUGAAGCCUUGUCAUAUUCCUGUGUAGAUUAAGUAGUAUUUGUACCGUUUAAGAUGUUUUGUCUUCAGAAAUACCUGUAUGGAUUCCUUUCCUUAUUCAGUAUGACUGAAGAGGAUUAGUGUCACAUACAUCGUUUUUGUUUUAUACCGAUAGCUCAUUUUGCUCAAAAUAGCUUUGCCCAUCACAUCACAUCACCGUCUCAUGGAAUGUUGAGAUAUUAACUCUAAUUUGCUGUCAAGUAGAAUGUUCUUUUUCUUUCAAACAUGGAUCGUUUACUACCUUUAUCUGUGUAAUCCAAAAGAAUGAAGUUAUGAAAACUGUUUCAAUGUCAUCUCCUUAUUUGCCUCGUGUUGGCAUUUUGCUCAUACAAAACUGUUUAAGGCUUUACAAGACUUGAAGGCCCAUUUGUGUACAUAUACUUAACGUAUUGUGCGGUUUUCUUCAGAAUACCACCCGAAACAUUCAGAGCUUUUUUUUCUUUUUUUUUGUAUUUGUCAGAACUGAAUCUUCAGGUACAGUGAAACCUGGUUAUAAUGAGGAUCAUAGGACCAUGAAAGAUACUUUGUUAUAUCAGGGUAAAAAUUAGAGUUAGAAAAGAGCUAUGACCAGCAAAUUACUGUUUGUAAGAGGAUAUUGUUAUCCAUCAGGGCUCUCUGUAAAGAGUUCCAACAUUUAAAUUCCUCUGUAAUGCAACAUAAUUUGUGCAGAAAAGCUGUAUUUCAUUUCUCAGAAAAAUGGAGAGAAUGUAGUUUGAUAGUUUCAGAAAAUGUAAUGUAACAUGUGACUCAGAAAUCAGUUUGUAAGUUUAUUAUCUCAACAUUUAUUUUUAAGAUCAGUUGCCAUUUCAACAUCAGAGAAUAUAAAAAUGAAGCUUCAUUUCAAUAUUUGUAAAGUAAAAAUAUACAUAUACAAGUGUCCAUUAACAUACAAUAAUGAAAUUGUCAAAAAUUCUAGCCCAAUACUGCAAUCAAAAGAGAACUGUUUUGUGUCAACAAGUAAACUGUAAAUUUGUACGAUACCAUUUGUCAUAUGAAGUACAAAACAACAUUUACCUGAUUGUAAAUUAUGUUUUCAUAUGUUCAAUAAACAUGAAUUUCAUGUA